AUUAUUGAGUCCAACUGCCUCUCUGGCUCUUUCAGACUCGACCUCUAUCCCACCUGCAUGACCGCCGCGAGCAAUAGCAACCCCUGGGCCCCAUGGACGUCCCGCCCCUUUUGCACUGAGGACACCCGCUACUGCGUUUUCACCAACGCGGGUUUCCAGGGCCCGAACCGAGGCCUGAGCAUCAUCGACGCUCCAACAGACGGCACCGGCAAUGUCACAACUGCGGCUGCUUUCUUCGCCGAGCUGCUCUCCUCCCUCCAUCCUGCGCCUGAGACCGCAGAGGAAAAGUCGCCACCAUACCAGGUCCGAGACAUCCCCGGGAAGGGCAAAGGCAUUGUCGCUACACGCAAGAUCUCUCGCGGCCAGGUAAUUAUGGUGGACUACGCGGCUGUCAUGGCUGACGCCCGGUUCCCGAGCCGGGUCAAGCGGGAGCAGGGUCGGCAGCUGUUGGAGGAGGCCAUUGAGAGAUUGCCGGACGCGAAGGAGGUGCUGAACUUGGCCCGGAGCAGCUCUGACCCGGACAAUGUUCCUGUCACCGAAGAUGUGGUGAAGACGAAUUCGUUUAGUGUCAAUAUUGCUGGGAAGGAGUACAUGGCGCUGUUUCCAAGGAUUGCUCGUAUCAAUCACGCCUGCAAACCAAGCGCGCUCACCCACUUCAACUCCACAGCCUUCUCCAACACAGUUACCGCAUUCCACGACAUCCUCCCGGGUAAAGAGAUUACAAUCAGCUACUCCCCCUUCGGCCUGCCCUCCCCGGCCCGGCACAAAAUUCUCCUCGCCAAAUGGGGCUUCACCUGCACCUGCGCCCUCUGCUCCUCCCCUCCGCAUGCCCUCGCCGCCUCGGACGCAAGACGCAACAAGAUUGAGGCGCUGGGUAAAGAAGUGGUGGGGCUGGUCGAGAUAGGUGGGACAGCAGACCUGAAGAAGGCGGCCGAGCUGUAUGCCGAGGUUGUUGAUGCUGUGAAAGCUGAGGGGCUGGUACCGCAUCUGGGAGGGCAUUACGACGUUUUGGGUAGGUUGUGGGCUGCCGCUGGGGAGGUGGAAAAGGGCAAGGGGUGGAUUUUGAAGGGGCGGAAGGAGGAGGAGGGGUAUGAGCGGUCUGCUGCUGGUGGUGAGAGGGUUUGAAGGGGGGUGACUGGGAGGAUAUGGGUAGUUGAAGACCGACCCGGAGUUGCGCAGCUUAAGCGACGGGAAGUUUGGAGGACCGAUGCAACAGAUGUUGCGGAUGCACAUGUGGCAUCACAUUCAAGACAAAUCUGCUAGCAUCUA